CAGUCCUCAACAUUUCAUUCUUCCUUAAUUUUAAAGCAACAACAGAAACGUAAAUAAACACGGUUUUCAGUCAAAUUAAAACAAAAUUCUACACGUUAAAUCAUCAUGGGUGACGAAGAGGAACCAAAAGAGUACAGAUGGGAAACCGGCUACGAAAAAACCUGGGAAGCAAUAAAAGAAGAUGAUGACGGCUUUUUGGAGGCCUCAGUGGCCGAUAUUAUACAAAGGGCCAAAAGGAAAAGGCAGACACAAAAAACUGGCACCACAAAACUAGGCAUGAUGAGGCAUUUGUACAUUUUGCUGGAUUGUUCCGAUGCCAUGUCGAGCCAGGAUUUAAAGCCUACCAGGCUUUUGUGCACAAUAAAACUGCUUGAUGGUUUUAUUGAGGAAUUUUUUGAUCAAAACCCUAUCAGUCAAAUGGGGGUUAUAAUAAUGCACAAUAAAAGGGCCGAAAAGAUAAGUGAUUUAGCAGGAAAUUCUCAUAAACAUGUAAAACAAAUAAAUUCGUUGAACCGAACAUCUUUGGUUGGGGAACCUUCAAUACAAAACGGUUUAGAAAUGGCUUUAUCGUCCCUAAAAUUGCUACCAACUCAUGCCAGUAGAGAAAUUUUAAUUAUUAUGGGCAGUUUGACCACUUGUGAUCCCAGUGAUAUUAAUGUAACUAUUGAGACGUUAAAACAAGAGGGCGUGCGUUGUUCGGUGAUCGGAUUGGCCGCGGAGGUUCACGUGUGCAGACAGCUGGCCAAUCAGACGGGUGGAACGUACAACGUCAUCCUCGACGACUGUCAUUUCAAAGAUUUGCUGUAUCAACAAGUGGAUCCGCCACCUGCGGCAGUUUGCCUCGAUUCCAGCCUCAUUAAAAUGGGCUUUCCGCACCAGAUGGAGGCCGACGGCAAAGAGGAGCCUCUAACCAUGUGCAUGUGCCAUGUGGAUAGUGUGGAUGAGGGUAGCAAAUUGACUACAGGGGGUUAUUAUUGCCCGCAAUGCUACAGCAAGUAUUGCGAGUUGCCUGUAGAGUGCCGCGCAUGCGGUUUGACUUUGGUGUCAGCCCCUCAUUUGGCCCGAUCUUACCACCAUUUAUUCCCCGCUGCGAAUUAUACGGAAGUUGCUUUUGAAAAACAGGUUUCUCUAUGUUUUGCCUGUCAAAAAACGUUUACCGAAACUGAUAAACAGGUUUACUCGUGUCCAAAUUGUUCAAAAACCUUCUGCCUGGAUUGCGAUAUUUUUAUUCACGACACUUUGCAUACUUGCCCUGGUUGCGCAACAAAUUUAUCAACUUUCCAGAUUACGCACACCAGUUAAUACAAUGUUUAUCGUAUUUUUGUAUGAAAUAAACUAAUUUUUAAG